CUUCAUUCCGAUAACGAUCUUGCGUUCUAUCAAGUUUAAAAUCAAGUUAAAACAAGUUGAUCUGCGCCCUCGAAUAACCUAAUCUGUGCACCAUAAACCAUACACACAAAGGUUGCAAUAGAUUGUGCAAGAAAAUGAUGGAUAUUACCCUGUGUUCGUUAUGUCUAUUAAUGGUAAGCUCUGUGCGGAAAACCAACGCGCAAAAUUGGGGUAACACACCGGAAAUCAAACACGGAGAACAAGGGUUAAGAAAUGUAAUUGGUUUGGAGCGUAAAGCGGCAGCUCUUUCCGACACGAAAAAAUUAUAUACCUACACAAACAAUCGCAGCUCCAUUUUAUACAAGCAACACCCGUUCCACACAAAAAACCUCGUUCCCCAGCACCUUCCGAGUCAACAAAUAAAUGUGACAUGCAGUGACUCCAAGCUCCGGGUAGAGGUGCGCAAGGAUUUUUGGGGUACAGAGACACCGCAGUUGACGUCCGCCGAUCUGUCUCUCGGGGAGGCCUGCAAAAGCAAUGAGGACACCGCUGAUACCAUCGUCUUCAGCUACGGUCUGAACUCCUGCGGGACUAAGCGGAGUGUGACAAACAAGGAGUUUGUUUAUUCCAACUUUCUGCUUUACACCCCAAGCACUGGUGUACUGCCACAAGAAAGAAACAUCACCACAGUCACUUGCCAUUAUGAACGAGAGAAUAUUGUCUCUAGCGGUGGUUUCAAGACCAAUUGGAGGCAAGAAUUGAUGCAGAGAUCAAUAACAGGACUUUUUGAUUUCUCCCUUGAUGUCAUGUCAGAGGACUGGCAGUCAAAGUCCAAUACAAGCAUUUACUUCCUGGGCCAAAUGAUCAACCUGCAAGUGUCAAUCAAUCUACACAAUCACGUGGGAUUUAAAGUCUAUGUGGACAGCUGUGCGGCAUCUACGAGCCAGGGUCCAGGCUUGGAGAACAGUUACUCCAUCAUUCAGGACUAUGGGUGUCUGACUGACAGCAUGGUGUCCCGUUCCAUGGCAAAGUUCCUCUCUCCUCGUUCCGACAGCACUCUGAGAUUUCAGAUCAAAGCCUUCCAGUUCAAGGAAUCCAAGAAUGAUCUGAUAUUCAUUCAUUGUACAGUGAAAGUCAGUGACAUCCAAGCGCCCCCUAGUGACCAGUCAAAAAGUUGCCAAUAUGAUGCAAAAACUGGGAGGUGGGAUGACCUUGAGGGUCAACAGAGCCUGUGUGACUGCUGUGUGACACGGUCCUGUGGAAGAAGCAGGAGGGGGACCCGUCACAUCUCCCCUCUACAGUAUAAGAACAGCACUACCUCUCUGAGGGAGGUCAUGGUGGGUCCACUGUACAUCUUACCUGUGUCCAUGGAUGACAUCCAAGCAUGGCCACCAGUGAGGAGAGCCCCUUGGGACACACUGAGCCAUAGUCUUGGAGGACUGUGGAGGAUGACGGCGGGCCAGCUGGUCAUGGUCUGUGCUUCGGUCAUCUGCACUCUCUGUGUCCUGGCCGGACUUCUCUGCCUCGUCUUCCACUGUCAGCUCUGCCCGGUUCACAAGGAACCUUCCCACCUCCCCACCUCCCCAGUCAGGAAGACAUCGCCCUGUAAUUACCAGGCUCCCAUAGCUGUGGACUCUGUGCUGCCCCCGUGUGUUUAUCAUCCAGGUGGAAAUGCCCAUGCCUUCUUAGAGGUUCCACUAGACUAACUCGUGAUUUGAUAUGAUAUGGGUUGUUAUGUUUAAUUUGCUGCAUGCAUUUAUAUCUGGGACACAUUUCUGUGUAUAAACUGAUUGUGUUCUUCUGAUGAGGCAUUGGAGACUGAGUGCAACAGAGUGUUUGUCGAAAGCAUACAUGGUUGUAUGUGAACCUCGUUAACACAUCUACAGAUCCAAAUGUGUUUUAAUUUUCCUUAAUUUCUUUAGGUAGCUUACCCUAUAUAAUCUUUCCUGAAAAUGCAUCAUGAAAUCUCCCAAGUGCUGUGGUUGCUACUUGGUCUUUUAAAGGGGAAUAAGGUUUUUAAUUGCCAAGAGAUCACCCCCUUCUUCGCAUUACAUCAGACAGCUGAACAUUCAUUUUAUAGCCAGAGUGCUACCCGGACUUUUCAGGAGAUGACGGGUCAUGAAUCAGCCAUGUAAUCAGCACACUUGUUCAUACAGAAAAGUCUUUCUGUUGGAUUUUUUUAUUAUUUGGGCUUCCAACCACUAGAUGGAGCCGUCAUAAAGUUGAGGUAACGUAGCGUGAAAUAAGAAGGUACAGUUGUAGGCUCUAACUUUGAUAAUGUUAAAAUAUAAAACCCAAAGGUAUUCAAAGAAGGAUACUCUGAGCACUUGACCACAUUCCAUUUCCCUCAUCUGUGCUCGCGAAUCACAGUCUUUUCCCAUGAUUCUUUGCUGAAUAAAGCCACUUACGAUCCAUGGAUCCAGACCGUGUUUCAUCUGAUGCGACUGAGAUUAACCUCGCUCUGUCUGUCAGAACAAUGAAAUUACUGCACUGUCCAAGGCACUAAUACUACUCUGCAUAUUGAUUUCAACUUAGUUCCUUUUCUCACUGUGCAAAGGACAAAUUAAACAUUCUCUUUCUGGAUAGAUUGUUUGAAGUUUUAAUCACAUUUCUCCAAUUCUCUCAAAUUUUGCAACAUUUUGUAACAAAUAU